CUCAACGUGUCCCUGUUCGGCUGACUGGGAAACCCCUAGCGCGGAGCUGCCAACGCCCGGCGUAAAGACACAAAUAGAGGAUACGAUCUUGAAUGAGUAGCAAAGACUGUAACACACAGCUAUGCAGACCAUUAAGUGUGUUGUAGUUGGUGAUGGUGCUGUGGGUAAAACCUGCCUGCUCAUCUCUUACACCACAAACAAGUUUCCCUCUGAAUAUGUACCUACGGUGUUUGAUAACUAUGCUGUAACUGUAAUGAUUGGAGGUGAGCCCUACACUCUGGGCUUGUUUGAUACAGCAGGUCAGGAAGAUUACGACAGGUUACGACCUCUGAGUUAUCCCCAGACAGAUGUCUUCCUCGUCUGUUUCUCUGUCGUGUCCCCAUCCUCCUUUGAAAAUGUCAAAGAAAAGUGGGUUCCCGAGAUCACCCACCACUGUCCAAAGACGCCCUUCCUUCUAGUUGGGACUCAGAUCGACUUGCGAGAUGAUCCCUCCACUAUAGAGAAGCUGGCUAAGAACAAGCAAAAGCCCAUUACUCCGGAGACAGCCGAGAAGCUGGCAAGAGAUCUCAAGGCUGUAAAAUAUGUGGAGUGCUCAGCCCUCACACAGAAAGGACUAAAGAAUGUGUUUGAUGAGGCGAUAUUGGCUGCAUUGGAGCCCCCAGAGCCCAAGAAGAAACGCAAAUGUGUGCUGCUAUGAGAGGCUCCUACCUUUCCAAAGCACACACCCCCUUCACUCACGCAUACACACACACACACACAGAAAUACACACGUCUUUAAAUACAUACAUCCCUGCCUCUCCCAAUCCCCCCUCCCUUGCUCUGCUAAGGCUGCUUGACAGCAUUGUUUUCCUUGUGGAAGACUAGGAAGAAAACAGCCUACCAAGUUUCAGAUAAUUCUCUGCAAUAAUAACAACCAAGCUUCACCCCUGCGUCUGAGUUCGGGAUAAAACAUGAAUGUUACAUGGCCAAGAACCCAGUGAGGGCUCAGACAGGGAUCCAGAUACCAAGCAUACUCACAAGUAGAAAUCCCUCUGUCGAGCUUUGGAUAGCUGAUUUCAUUAGUUCAGUCAGUGUUGUGGCCUAAUCGAGUUCUAGCUGUCCAGCCGUGUAGUCGUCUUCAGCCAAUGUAAAGGUUUCGUGGACAUAAGCCCAGCCCCAGCCCCUCCCAGCUGCUUAAUUAGCAGCUGCUCAUGCUGCUGUUCCCGUCGCCUCAGUUGACGAGCACGCUCAUUGCUCAGCCCCCCUCUAUGUUCUCACUCAGCACUACCACAAGAGAUGCUAACAGAGUAGUGUUGUUGAUUUUGUUUGCCAACACCUCCUUUAUCCCUCAAACAGUCUGAGAUAUUUACUCGAUGUUCCAAGUAGACGCGCUCUUAACCACUAGGACACCGUGGGGGUUUGACACAGCUCGGUAAUUCAGUCAAGGCUCCAUCAAGCCUUACCUCCACAGUACAGAGUAGCAGUCUUUUUAAGAGUGUGGAAAUCACUUGAAAAGCUAAAGGCAUUCAUUAGUAAUGGGUCUCAUAGUCGACCACAGGAAUUGGCCUUUUAGAUGGAGGGAACUUAAACAGUAUUAGCAGAACAAGCGGUUGUUCUUCAUGCGUUGCCAGGGACCAAGUAGAAUACUGUUUUCACAUUGUCAUCACCGUACACUGAGAACGGGCAUAGCAGAGACAACUGUGUUAAAUGACGAAUGCUUAUUGGCCAGACAACAGAUGAGCAAAUGUGAAUUUUCACCAGAUUUCUGUGCCAGGUCAGAAUUUGGUGCCUUCCUGUAGUGCGUCAUAUCCAGGCAGAGGUGUGAGGCCUGUUGUACCUGUUCACACUGUACGGCGCUGCAUGUAGCUCGGCCUUGGUCUCUGUUCUAAAUGAUAGGUUUAACAGAUGUAAUUAUAAUGUAAGCUGGCACACAAUGUUCAUGUAGGCUCCAGGUGUUUUUACCAAAAUCUGUUUUUCUUUAUCAUUUCUGUUUGUGUGUUG